GGGCAGCCCGAAACGCUAUCUUUUACACAUAAUGAGGAUGCUGCCCGAGCUGCCCUAAACCUGACUGAAAAAUUACGGGCAGUCAGUCAGUCACUCACCUGUACUCUCUCUCUCUUGUCUCUCUAAGCCCUUUUGUGAUUUUUCUAUAUCUUGCUUUCUCUGUGUGUUCUACGAUCACGAUCGGACGGUCCAGAAUGCACGGAGCCUCUUCUGCUUGUUCCCUGAGGUUUUAGACCUUCAAACCUUCAGAUCCAGCAUCUCCGCCUCUUGAUCUUUCUUCCUGGUCUUAGCAAAAUUCAAUUUUAAAUUUUUCUUUGUUUGCGGCGAACAAACCAUGGAGGGUAAACAUGGUCCAGUGGCAGUUACUCUUGCUUACGGAGCGCUAACGUGCGCUGGGGAGGCCUUAGCCACUUUGCUUUUCUCCACUCUGCUCAAAACCCAGCUUUUCACCCCGGAUCCUAGUAUCAAAGGUAAUCAAAACACUGAAUACCAAGACAAGCAAGUUGAUGCUGAGGGAGACGAUGACAAUGACGAUGAUGGGGAUGACGAUGAUGAUGCAGAUGGCGGAUUUGGAGAAGGUGAAGAGGACCUAUCAUCUGAAGAUGGAGGGGAGUUCCCUAACAACCCCAACAAUGAUAAGAGUAACUCAAAAAAGAGUGCAGAUGGCGGGGCAGGUGGAGCAGAAGAGAACGGGGAAGAGGAAGAUGAUGAUGAAGAAGAUGGUGAGGACCAAGAUGACGACGACGAUGACGAUGAAGACGAUGAUGAUGACGACGAUGGUGGGGAAGAGGAUGAGGAAGGGGUAGAGGAAGAAGAGAAUGAGGAGGAAGAGGAGGACGAAGAUGAGGAAGCACUCCAGCCCCCAAAGAAGAGGAAGAAGUGAACCAAGAAAACUGUAGAGCCUCCCACGAAUACUGUUUUCUCUAUGUGACUGUUAUCUAACUUCAUGAUCCUAUUUAGCUUAUGAGGAGGCUUGUUUAGGAUGAUGGUUUUAUUGGUUAUUAUAUUUCUAUUGCACGAUUAGAGUACUGUAUAACUAUUGAGCUGCGGCAAUGAUAAAUUUGACAAAAUGUUAUGGAUUCA